CCUAUUUAGUCUGACACCACUCUUCCGCGUGAUUACCAAGGUUGACGUUCAAGGGAGCCAACACGAGAGCAUUAAGUCACUCGCCGAACGGUUACGAACAACCGUUGUCCGUCCAGGCCAGGCUCAGUCUACAAGCAACUUUGGUACCCGUUGCUAACUCACUGUGUUCUUGUGUUUCUUGAAACUCUUCCGGAUUCGCCACACACAUCACAAAGGGUUGCUGAAAUGGCGUCGAGACAUCAGAUAACACGGCUUGUUCUUGCUGUCCUUCUCAUAGCGGGUUUUGUAUAUGCUCAGGACCAGGAGAGCCAAGAAGAUGGCGAGGGAGUGCAGCUAGGCCUAGCCGAUAUACUAAGACCGAAGCAACAGCGGAAACCGGUCGCACAGGUAGGAGAAGGUGAAGCAGAGAGCGAGCAGCAAGAGGCAGGAGCACAGGUCGGUGGCGGGGGUGGGGAUGCAGAGAGCAACGAGUUGGGAGGCAACGCCGAGCAGAACGAAGCUGACGCGGAGGCGGCAGAAGAUGCCGCAGAAGCGGCCGCCGAAGCGGAGGAGGCUGCUAGAGAGGCUGCCGAGGAAGGGUCGGAGGGAGCCGGAGAGGCCGGGGAAGGGUCGGAGGGAGCUGGAGAAGCAGGAGAAGGGUCGGAGGGAGCCGGAGAAGCCGGAGAAGGGUCGGAGGGAGCUGGAGAGGCCGGAGAAGGGUCGGAAGGAGCUGGAGAAGCCGGAGAAGGGUCGGAGGGAGCUGGAGAGGCCGGUGAAGGAGGGGAGACUGGGGGUGCAGAGGUGCCGCCAGGCGCACCGGUCGUCGGGGCCGGUAAGGGGGAGAAGACUCAAAUGGACACCGACGGCUCCUCACCCUUCUUCAAUAUUGGUGGCGGACAACAGGAUGGGCAGGAGCAAAUCGGAGGGGCUCAGAUGGGAGGAGACAACGGGGAGAGCGGAGAGGAGGCACAAGCUGGUGCGAUGGGGGCGGCUCAGGCCGCCGGUGGGGGCGGUGAAAGCGAAGAGGAAACACAACCUGGAGCAAUUGGAGCGAACACAGAGAGCGGUGAGCAAGCCGGUGUGCUAGGCCAACAGGCCGAUGCAGAGAGCGCAGAGGAGACUACCUCUCAGAACUCGGUCAGACCGCUGGUAUCGACCUCCGACACUGACGCCGACAUCGGAGAGGGUUCCCUGUCAAUCAGCAUGAGCAUCGGCAGUGAGGGGGGCGUCCCCGCCAGCCUGGGCAGCGACAUCGAAAUCGACAAUGACGCCUCAAACUUCCAGAAGCCUAACUUGCCCGUCGGGUCGCUCGCCGAUAAAGCCAAACAGGUCUCGGGAACCGGGACGACAAUGAAGAUCGAACCCACCCCGCCGAUUACAAAAGCUCCCGAAGGAAAACCCGAGGAAGAGAAGGGCCUGAGCGACUCCUACAAGAAACGGAUCGCCAUCUCUGGAGCGGCCGUCGGCGCUGUUGUGUUGGUUGGAAUAUUUGCAUAUGUAGUCGGGAAAAGGGUAACAAGGCGGUCCUACACUAACUAGAUACUAAACUUCAAUCGCCAUAGUCACACACCAGCAAAGGCGAAUCAACAACUGUUGUUACAAAUAAAAUUAAUAAAUAAAAUAUAACAGUCACGUGAUUGUUUCUGAUUUGUAAUUAGCCCUUACUGCCAGAACCAGUGUAUGCCAUUAUGUCAAUCACAUACUCAACAAAUCAUCUAGAAACUUGUAUUACAGAUUUACCAUUAAUACAUUUAUUCUAACCUACCGGUACUAAAAUAUUUUGAAGUAAUUUGAAGGUUUUACGAAAAGUCCAUCGUUGAAAGACUUUACAUAACUGCUAUCUGCAGCCAUUGGACCGAUAUUUUUACGCUCACUUACUUUAGAUUUUGAGGUGUUUUUUUGGUUAUUGUUGGAAGUGAAAAUAUUUUGUUAUGUAAUUUAAUUUUAGAAUCAGAUCCCUUACCACAAGAUAAGUUAUAACACUACAAAAUAUUGAGAAUGAUCAUUGUGAAAGAAGCCCGCUCCUUUCUACAGUGUCUUGUGAGAAUUGAUAUGCACUUCACGAUGACGAGCUUUAGCAGAAUUAAAAAUGAUUUCUUUACUAUCCUCUGUUAUUUCUGCAUUCGUCCAGAGCACAUGGGUCUUUUAGCUUUUCAUGAUUUCGCAAUUGACAGAUAAGCGCUUGGCUCUGAUUUUAUCAAUGCAUGCUAUAUUUGUUUAGCGUUGUCUUACCUAACAAGGAGGAAUGGUCAACAAUGUUCAUUAACACAACUUGUAUCAUUCAGUGUACUUUACUAAAGAUUCAAUAAAUAUGAAAUACUAAGUGAUAUUGGUCAGCAUU